AUGGGGACGAGAGACGAAGGCGGGGAGAAGGUGAAGAGUGUGAUGGAAACAGAUUUGGAGACGGCUUUGGACAUCGCUGGCGCUGGAAAAUACCAAAUAUUUCAUUGUUCGUUGAUGGUGGCAACACUUGGAGCGGCCAUUCUGGAGAUGAUAGGCUGUGCCUUUCUGCUGCCUUUGGCUGCUUGUGACCUUCAGUUGCCUGAUCAUUUACGCGGCAUUAUUACCAGCAUUCCUAAUAUUGGUAUAAUACUGACUGCUCCGUUUUGGGGUCCCGUGGCCGAUGCGCUGGGCAGAAAACCUGUACUUAUUGUAUCAACUAUGUUGUCUGGUAUUAUUAGCCUUCUAGCCGCGUUUAUGCCAAAUCUUCUCACAUUUUCACUCUGUAAGCUGGCUGGAUCAUUAUUCUUGUCUUGUCCGUCAUCUCUGGGCUUUGCUUUUGCUGGUGAGCUCAUGCCACGAAGAAGGAGGGACAUGGCCGUUUUGAUAUGCAAUGCAUCUCUAAUGCUUAUAGCAUCAUUAUGUCCUAUACUAGCUUGGAUAGUCUUCGCAAUAGAUUGGGAAGGCUACUCAAUCAAUAUACGACCCUGGCGCAUUCUGACUAUAACGUAUGCGCUGCCUCUCAUUCUAUCUGCAUUAUGGAUGACCCAGACGAAAGAAAGCCCCAAGUUCCUCAUGAACAGGGGCAAGGAGGAGGAAGCUCUCGAUGUUUUGGGGCAUAUCUUUGCGUUUAAUACGGGGAAAUCUGCUGAUGAGUAUAAGGUCACCUCGUUAAGAAUGUCGGAAGACAACCAAACCAGCGAUGAUGGCGAAUCAAGCAAGAGAAGAAGAAUAUCAGCCAUCGCACUCCUCAAAACUCCGCACGUGAAAUGGUUGAUGCUUCUUGGCUUUUUGAUGCUGGGUCUCUUUUCAUUAUUAAACGGAUUGUUCCUAUUCACGCCACACACAAUAAACCAAAUGAUGACAAAAUCAACAAAUGAGACGAUUUCUAUUUGCCUGUCUUUGAAUCAAGUUGAGAACAGUACGCAGGCUAUAACAUGCAUAGAUAACAUAUCCUACGACACUUUCAAAGUAACCGUGAUCACAGCGCUGUUCUAUGGUGCUAUUGUGAUGGGAGCCAGCCUCAGUCCACUGUCCAAGAAGACGUUACUGGUGGGAAUGUACUUUAUUGUUGGUGUCGCUUGCUUACUGAGCGUGGCGGUACAAAACAGGUUCGUGGCCGGGGUGUCAAUGUCCACUCUAGAGUUGACCGCCCUUGGCAUUGGACCUCUUAAUGCAUAUGCCGUUCAGAUCUUCCCGACUAGUUUGAGGGGUUCAGCGGUUGGAGCUGUAAUGAUGUUCGGUCGAGUGGGUUCGUUGCUCGGCGCUAAUGUUGCCGGUAUCUUCUUGGCCCGCGGUUGCACGUACACUUUCUUUGCUUUUGCCGCUCUCCUAUUCUUGUGUACAGCGCUUAGCUUCCUUCUGCCGAAUGACAAAGUGGCUUCGAAAACAGAGAAAACCAGCCUUUGA